AUGGCGCAGUUGCAUGCAAGAAAGUUCCAGGCACCUCCGCCACUACCUCAGAGUCCACCACCUGCCACUGAAGAGGAACUAGCUAGGAGUACAGAUGAUGAGCUAAGUGGUGAUCUUCUGCAGUUGAUGGUUCCUGUAGCUACAGAGAGACUGAUUACAUCCCAGAGUGCAUCUGGUGAUCUUACAGAUGAAGAACUUGAUGAUGAAGAAGCUGUGGCUGGCUGGGGGUCUGAUGUUCUGCAGCUACCAUCAUCUCUUGAACUCGAUAUUCGCAUUCACAAAGGAGCAGAUUCACUUGGAUUGAGCAUUGACUCAGUGGACAAGGGUGUGAAUGGAAUGCUUGUGGUGUCUGUGGCACCGGGAGGUGCUAUGGUGAAAGAUGGCCGCAUUGUUCCUGGAGAUUAUCUGCUAUCUGUGAACAAUGAAAGUCUUCGCAAAGUUACAAACUCACAAGCAAGAGCAAUCCUACGGAGAGCGCAGCUUCUUAACACUGAUAUCAGUGUGACCUAUAUUCCUGGUGAGGCUGCCAUAGCCUAUAGAAAAUCAUUGCUGCAAACUGAAGUGAGCACCGUUCCCAUCAAACAUAUUACACAGAUAUCCCCCAGCUCACCGUAUAUACAGAAAGCAGCAGACGCCCUCGAAGUGCACAGUGGACUUCUCAAACCUCAACAGACUAAAAAGGCAGAAAGUCCUGUGAGCACAACAGUGACUCGUAUUGUGAGUGAAUCAGAGUACUCUUCUUGUGUUGAAUUAUCACCUUUGCUUGAACGUUGUGAACAGUCAGCAACAGACUUUUGUAAUAAAGCUGUGGACCCUACGAUACCAAUAAGUGCCAGUGCAGAUAGUGUUUGUAGUUUGAAUAGACAGAAAAGAGACUCGUGUGAGCAGGAGAGUUUGCCUAAUAGUGCAACAAUUAGUCCAUCAGUCAGCAUGACUGUGACAACACAGGUGCCUUCUGCAUCAGCCGUGGAGCGUGGUGCCUCGUCUCCAUCAGUGCUUUUGGCAAAGCACUGGGGACCAGAGAGGUCUGUUGAAGUACUGCGGGAGCCUAACUGCAGUCUUGGUAUCAGUAUUGUUGGUGGAAAGGUUGAUUUAUACAAUGCAGGGCCAGACAGUGGGUCUGCCAUCUCAGGUAUCUUCAUAAAAAAUGUGCUGCCGCAGAGUCCAGCUGGUCGCACAGGUGAACUUAAGACUGGAGACAGAAUUCUGGAAGUGGAUGGCAUUGACUUACGCCAUGCAAGCCAUGAAAGAGCUGUUGAGGUGAUCCGAAGUGCGGGUAACCCAGUCUGCUUUCUCGUGCAGUCCCUGAUACAGUGGAGCGUGGACGGAGAAGUUGAGAGUCAUUCGACUGAAGUUGCGCCCACAUCCUCCUCUGCAGGAGCAGUUGGUGGGUCAACCCGCAGGAGGGCACCCGCACCCCCCUCCCCCACCGGACAGCUGCUAAAGAGUGCCCCCCCUCAAGUCCCACAGGCCAGGACUCCUACACCAGAAGUUAUACAGGUGGGACUGUCAGAUGAAGGGAAGCAGGAAUUGCAGCAGAGUAACCGCGAAGUAACAGAAAAUAAAAGAUCUGAGCGAAAGUAUUCUUCAAGUGAAGACAGUGAGGAAGAUGAAGAGGAUGUGCGAGACAUGGAGGGUCGCAUUUUCACAAAAAAGGGGCAAGAGAUACACCGAGCUAGUGCAGGAAAUGUCAAAAGGAGUAAAGAGGAGAUUGAAGCAGAUCCUGAGGAGGAAGAUGAGUUUGGAUACACAACUAACAAGGUAAAGAAGAAGUACGGCGAGGGCGCGGUGGUGGCGACGCUGGAGCGCGGGCCCGCUGGCCUCGGCCUCAGCCUGGCGGGCCACAAGGACCGCAACAAGAUGGCCGUGCUCGUCUGCGGCCUCAACCCCGCCGGCGCCGCCCACAAGAGCGGCUGCCUGCGCGUCGGCGACGAGAUUCUCGAGGUGAAUGGCGUCGUACUCCAGGGUCGCUGCCAUCUGAACGCGUCCGCCAUCAUCAAGGGGCUCCCCGGACCGGUCUUCAAAGUUAUCGUCCUAAGACGAGAAAAAGCCAUAGAGGAUUUAGCCGUGAAGCCAAUUACACAGUUCCCAGUCAGCUUGGAUGAUGAGACUCCAGAGGAAAAAUACAGUAACUUCAAAGGUCUGCGGACAGUUACUAUCAAAAAGACGAGUUACGUGGAAGCUGUUCCAAGUCCUACACAGCAGGGAUCUCAGGGCUUGGGCAUCAUGAUAAUUGAAGGCAAGCAUGCAGAAGUUGGGCAGGGUAUUUUCAUCUCUGAUAUCCAGGAAGGCAGUGCUGCUGAGCAGGCUGGCCUUGUUGUAGGAGAUAUGAUCCUCGCUGUUAACAAGGACACACUUCUUGGGUCUGAUUAUGAUUCAGCGGCAUCACUUCUGAAAAAGACAGAGGGUGUGGUCACACUGAUUGUGUGCAACCCAAACAAAGCCAAGCAGGAGGAGGAAAAGAAGAAUGCAACUGGAACUCCAUCACCAGGAGAAAGUAUGCCAGUUCAACAAGCAUCUUCUCCAACACCAAAGGAGCCGGAGAAGCCAAGACUUUUUCCAAAACCGUUAAUACCAUUGGCCAAACCACAAAAAACACCAUCACCAAAAUCGGUCCGUGUUGUUUCUCCAACAUCAACUCCAACAUUGGUGGACUCUCUGUCACCUGGGACCUGUGUGCCAAAACCAUCACUGGUUCGUCCGACUGAACUGGUGACUACCACGGAUACCUCUCCCUCGGCACGGUUGUCGCCCUCUCCAUCUGGUAAACGUCUGUCUUCCACUCCAGAGGAACCACCAGCUGAUCCUGCAACGUGUGAGAUUGUGCCAGGGAAGGAGACAACUGUGGAGAUAAAUAAGGACAAAAUGGGACUUGGACUCAGUAUUGUGGGUGGCUCUGACACCUUGCUGGGUGUGAUAAUUAUUCAUGAAGUUUAUCCCGAUGGAGCAGCAGCGAAAGAUGGACGACUCAAGCCUGGUGACCAAAUUUUGGAGGUUAAUAGUGAAGACUUUCGGAAUAUAACACAUAGUAAGGCUUUAGCUGCUCUUAGGCAAACACCUGCUAAGGUUAAAAUGGUAGUAUUUAGAGAUGAAGCAUCAACUAAAGAAGACGAUAUAUUUGAUGUGAUGGAGGUUGAACUUACAAAAAAGCCUGGUAAGGGACUGGGACUUAGUAUUGUUGGAAGGAAAAAUGGACAUGGUGUCUUUAUCUCAGACGUUGUACAUGGUGGAACAGCAGAGGCAGAUGGGCGUCUAAUGAAAGGUGAUCAAAUACUUGCUGUGAAUGGUCAAGACUUAAAGAACUCGUCCCAGGAAGAGGCCGCAGCUGUAUUGAAGACAGCUACUGGGAAAGUUGCAAUGCGGAUUGGCCGCCUCAAAGCAGGCUCAAGGGGCUCUUCUAAUCCAGGCAGUGGUGACAGGAGUAUUGAAGAGUGCACUCAUCUGCAGCCCAGAACAGUCAUUUUGGAAAGAGGUCCAGAUGGUUUGGGAUUCAGCAUAGUUGGAGGACACUGCAGCCCACAUGGAAACUUACCAAUUUAUGUGAAGACAGUGUUUGAAAAGGGUGCAGCAGCCCGAGGAGGACAGCUGCGGCGUGGAGACCAGAUCCUGGCUGUGGAUGGACUGAGCCUAGAGGGGCUGACACAUCAGCAAGCUGUUGCCGUGCUUAAACAGGCCCAUGGGAAUGUCACUCUUACAAUACAGUCAUGAAGUGUAAUUUCGAGUGCAGUUGGUGACUUUUCAGUGCUCUAUUAGUAAUAGAACAGUUGAACAUCAAAUAUCAUCAUAUCUGAGCCUUAUUUCACAUAAAUAAAUUCUUCUGGCUGUGUUAUUUUACUGUUAAAUUCUUAAAUGUCUCAUACCUUUUUUACCUCAAAAACUUUGUUGUGAUGCCUUUGGCUUGAAGAUUAGUAUAUUAUGAUUUUUGCUAGUGAGAGACAUUUCGUAGGGAACUGAUCACUAUUAGAUUUGAAAAGUGAGUGUGAGAAAAGUGUAUAGUGUUUCUACGAAAACUGAAUAACUUACGCUGAACUUAGCUUGUAGGUCCAACAGACUUUUUGUGCUUCUUGAGAAGGGAGGUAAGUCUGUGAUCUGUACUCAAUCCAAUCCUUUUUCUCUCAUGUUUCUGAAGCUGUGUGAGGUAUGAUGCUUUUGUGUACAGAACAUAGUGACCCUCUGAUUAAUGUGGACAUCUUUAGAUUAAGUAGAAAAGAGACUGGAUGCAACUUUCUACCAUACAACAUGUAUCAAAUCUCUCUACAGUUUUAUGUACAUGAGUUACAUUGUCCAUUGCUUUGAUGCAACUGUUUUAAAGUGGCUGGCUGUAGGAAUAUGUGAAUCACUGAAGGUAAGUGUAAAAGAUAUUUUUGUACUGUGGCAGAGUGAAUUCUAUAAUUUUAUUUUUUUCAGCUAUGCACCUUUAUAAAUAGUGGUCAUUGUGUUCAGCAGCACUAGUGUAAAUACAAAAACUGUGAAAUAUAACUGGAACUUAAUAUAUUAUAGUAUCCUAAAGCACAAACGUGUUAAAUCUGCAGCUAGUUUGUACACAGUGAAGUUUAUAAACUGCAGCUGGCUUCCAUCGUAAACUCAAACUAAUGAGAUAAUGCAGUGGAAACUGGAAGUGAGACAUUUUGGUUGUUGUUGCUGGUCCUUGGCAGGGUUUGAUUGGGACCACUGUUUUACUGUGUGAUUUUCAAUAGUUGUCUAUGUUGAUCAUUUAAAACACUGGAAACUAUUUUUGUGUCCCGAGUGAGUGUAGCUUCUGGAUACUAAACAAUGUGCAGCAUAAUGGAAAAACUGACUUGUUAGCUAGAAUCUUCAAAUUGAUACUUACUGAUAGCAAGCAAUCCAUUUUGGGGCAGUAUUACUUUAUAAAUGUGACAAAAGAUCACCGUAAAAUAUUUUAGAUUCAGGAUCUGCAACAAUUGAUGUUGGUAACAUAGUGCAGUUAAUUGAUUUGUCUGGAAAGCUGCAGAAGUUGUGUUGAUAACAUGGCCUCUCCCCACCACACAAAGUGUCAUGGCGUUCCAAGAAAUGAUCUUAAAUGUUUCUGAAGUAUUUCAAUAUACACAAAUGAAUAUGUUAUUUUAAUAUUUCAAAACUGUUGUACCUUUUGAAAUAUGUAUAUUUGAUACAUGUUUAUGAAGGAUUGGAUUGUUUUCAGUAAUUUUAUUAAAUCACAUUAAUUAUGAUAAAACAAAAAUAGAGCUAUGUGAGUUAAAAAUGAUGCUCAUGAUUCAUGCUUUUGGCAGUUUUGUUAAUCUGUGGAAUGUUGUGCUGAAUGUUAAGUCUAUUGUUGUAAAUAUAUAAAUUGGUUUUGUGUGCUGUUGACGGAAUCUGUUAUAUUUGAUGAUCGUGUUUUAUCGUAUUGGAGAUAUUGGCUUGAUCAAAAAUUUAUGUCAUGAUUGCAUGUGAACAUUCGUACUGUGACUUCAGAAUGUUUCAGUGAUUUCAUGUGUACGGCCUUAAUCAGUGCUUAUUUUUCUAGAUAUAAUGUAUAGUUCUGCGCAACCUUAGCUUUUGCAUAUAAUAUAUAGUUUUUACAUAUAUGAUAAAUGUUACUGAAAUGAAGUAAGGAAGACACUUUCUAGAAUCAGUUAUGAUGAUAGCUGUUAAAAGUCUCAAUUGCGCUAACAAUACUUCUUAACUUAAAAUUUCAGUUACUCUUGGAUCUUUUACUUUACAGCAAGAUUUUAACAAUGAAUAAAAAGAAUUUUUGAAAUAUUUGGCAGUAAAUAUUGUAAUAAAAAUAUAGCAAUUUAUUUUUAGUUUGUUUCAUUGUAAUUAUCUCAUGUUUAAGAUUGGUACAUUUAAGAAAUAUAAUUUUUUGCCUCUCAUGUAUCUGAUAAAGGUAUUAAAAUAGUGUACUUUGCUUCAAGAUAUACCUAAUUUAUGCUGAUGGCUAGCAGUAUAAAAGUAUAAUGCAAUAAAAUAUUGAAAUGUACAGAGAUGAGAUGACUUGCACAGGUGUCUUAUAGUUAAUAUUAUACUAAGAACAAAAUGAGCUUACUUUUUAACUGUCAUCUGAUGCAAGCACUAUCUGUGGAUAAUAAACUGAUUUUGCAUACUAAAUUAAGUAUUCAUAUAGGCUUCUGCAAAAAGCUCUAUGAAGAUCAUCAUUUCACAGUGUCUUGAAGAAAAUACAUAACUUAUCUGCCUGCUGCUGCUUACAGAAAUAUAUUGCAGAAUUCUGCUAUAAAUAUAGGAAAGGUGCUGUGGAGAAAAUCAUAACUGAUUUUAUUACACAAAUGAGAAACAUAUGGAUAUGUUGUAGGUAUUAUUAUGUUUGUAAGAUCAAAGGAAUAGCAUUCUUCCUUCUAUAAAAUUAUGAGCACAGAAAGCUUUAUCAUGUCAAAGUGAGUGAGUGAGUGACAUGUAUUAUCUGUUUUGGCUUUAAAACUGUUUUGAAUUUUAAUUUAUAUUAAAAUUUUUGGCAAACAUAUAUACAGAGUACCACAACAAGUACUAAAAAUGCGAAUCAGUAAAUUUUAAUUCUUGAUUUCACUAGAAACCCUUAACUAUGACAGGGAUAUUGGUUUAGUUGCGAAGGGGUAAUGAGAGCAGAAAUGUGUGAAGACAGUAAAAUGUGGUGUAAUGAUGCUGCAAAACAAUUUCACUAAUGUUGCUCAUGGAGAAUACUAUCUACAAAACUACAUCACUCUUGUCUGAACUACUUUCAGAAGCUGUUACUCUUGCCAUGCCCUAAACAAUUGGGAUACUGUGCAGUGGUUUGGUUUUCAGAAUUGGGUUACAGUUUCUGUGCAUAGUAUGUUUAAUGCCAAAAUGUUGUAUGUGUUGUUUUUAAGAAAAAAAAUAGGUUGGUUCAAGGUGAACAAAUCUUUUGUGAUAUUAAAGCUUAAAAUCAUCAGUAGUAUAUUUGUCAUGAAUAAUGUUUUAUCAUGAAAUGUAUGAAACUUAUGAUGUUGUUUAACUAUCUUAAAUAUAGAAACCAAUGGCAUGGUAAUUAAAUAUUGCAUCAGAGUGUUUGGUUAAAAGGCAAAUAAUCAAAAUUCUUGAAAAUUUUUGCGUCUGCUCUGUCAUGUGUUCAGACAUAAGAACAGACAUUUUUGUUUUACCAGAUCAACAUAUUCCAUUUCCUCUUACUGAUAAGUAUCGACUAAUUUCAAAAGACAAUAUUAUAAUACAAAUUAGUUUUCAGGGCUUUGGGUCAUAUAUUGCAUUAGAAAAUUGUGAUGUAUCCUGCAUUUUGCUUUUUUAAACUUUUAUGCAGGGGUCAGUAUUCAUAUUACAUGUAUAUGUUAUAUAUAUUGUGUCAAUUUUAUAAUAAUGAUGUUAACCAAAAAUAUCACAUUCAUUUAUAAAAGAAAAAAGAUACAAUUCACUGAUAGAAUGUGACAGAUUACUGAAUAAAUGCUAUUGUUUAAAAUUAUAUGGUGGAAGAAUGCUAAGGCCACUGCAUUAGUUUGUUCUUUAUUGGAAGUGAAGCCACUAGACAGUCAUUUUUUUCCAGAAAAAUGAAAUUUUAAUAGUGUUAAAUAUGCUGUUAGAUGUAGGUGAAAAUAUAUUGUUCAGGAAUUGAAUGUUGUCGAUAUACGAUGAACUGUAUCUCUCUAGCAUAAGGACUUCAUUCAUAUUAACUACGUUAAUAAGAAGAAAGAGAAACCAUAUAAAAGACAUGUCAGUAUAAACAAGUGUCAAGAAUACUGUUGUCAUCACUUCAGAACUAGAAAUAUUUUCCAGAAUGUGAAGUAUUUUAGAGUUCUAUAGAAAUAAUAUGAAUUUUAUUUAAAA